AUGCAUUAACCAUUAACAAUAGUUGCAUUAGGAUCACAUUUGCACUAUUUAUUAAUAGUAUCAACUUAGGCAGAGCUCGGACAAGAAUUAUUGCAUGUUUUAUCAAACUGGAGAAAAUUACCUUAAAUACAAACUUAACAAGUUUAACCAUCUAUGCAUUCACUGCACUUAGAAAUACAGCAUUAACUGGGAUCUUACUUAGAACAAUACUAGCAAUUGGCAGAGCAAUAAAGGGAGUUUAUAUUUAAAAGGUAGUAGUUAGAGCCCUUCAUUAAAUAAAUAGUUGAUCCCUAUUUUAUUUAUCAUCAAUAACAAAUUAAGUAACAUAGUUUAAUAUAAAAUAAAAAUUUACUUUUUGAAAAUUGGAGAUGA